GGAAGACAGACUGAGUGUAGAUUUGUUGCGCUCUUUAAGACCGUGGAGUUUUUUAACGAGGCUGAACGUUUGUAAGCUCUCUUCGCUGUUUGCGCGUUUGUCACCAAAUUCCUUGACUUGAUGCCCCAUCUGAUUUCCACUCAAGGCGCCUUGAUGGUUCAUUGUAAGUGGAUUUCUGUUGUGAUUUGUGUCAUCACACAUAACGUCGCUAUCGACGAGCUGGCUCGUGAUUGGUCCAUUCUGUAGUCACCGUGGGCGUUCCUUGAGGUCCUGUCUAGCAAAACACUCCAGCGAAAGUCCCCGCAAAUCGAGGGCACAACUUCAAAUCACCGAAAUCUUGAACUAUGAAGAGAAUAUCUUCCAGUGUAUUCAUAAUUCUUCUCAUUCAGCAAUUUUGCGCGGCGACACACGAGAAAUAUGCUAAAGGUCGCGCGCUGUUACCUAGCGGUAUCUCCAACAACAGUGGUCGCAUUGAAUACGAGAUGACAAUCGUGGAGCGAGUGAAUCCCCUUGGAAAACGCCAUUCGCCUCAUAAAAAUUUUGUAAAAUACGAAUAUAACGGUUGGGGGCUUGCCACAGUUUAUUAUAGACUUGCAGCGUUUGGUCGAACUUUUCGAUUCCGAUUGGAGCGGGACGCAAGCUUUUUAUCGCCUGCUCUUUACGUAGAACAUGUGUACAGUGAUCUGAGGAGACUUCCAUUCUCUGGGAAUUUGCAGCAUUGUUUUUACCGGGGAGAAAUCCAAGGAGAGCGAAAUUCCACUGCCGUGUUUAAUUUGUGCAACGGACUUCAUGGUUCGUUCGUCUCAAGUGGCCAGCGCUAUUUAAUCGAACCUGCUAAUGAACGGAACACAAAAUUACACGCGCAUUUCAGGAAAUUCCAUAUCGUGUUUCGUCAUUCUGCUCUUGAAGACGAUGUUAGUAAUGCUCCGUCGACAUGUGGACUUGUGGAUACGAACAAACCUUUGCCGCAUUUACGCGGGCAGCCGCAACGCCCCAUCAAUGAAAGCUAUACGAGAAGAAGACGAAAAAGAAGCCUUGGUGAGAGCUUUGUUGAAACUCUGGUGGUUGCUGAUAAAACUAUGGUUGACGCUUUUGACACCAAAGCCGAUUUGGAAAGCUACAUUAUUACUCUGAUGGGUGUGGUUGCCCAAGUGUAUCGCGACAGAAGUAUUGGAAACUCCAUAAACAUUGUUGUAGUGAAAAUAGUCUUCCUGGACACAAAGACGCGUGAUCUCCAUAUUUCGUCAGACGCAACGCGAACUCUGAAAAGUUUCUGUCGCUGGCAGAAGAAGCAUAUGAUGUUAGAAGAGAGUCAUCCUCGGCACCACGAUACAGCCAUCUUGUUAACAAGGAGAGAUAUCUGCAGAUCGCCCGGAAAGUGUGACACGUUAGGUCUUGCGGAGCUUGGAACCAUGUGCCAGGCAUCAAGGAGCUGUUCCUUGGCAGAGGACAAUGGACUAAGCACAGCUUAUACAAUAGCGCACGAGCUGGGCCACAUCUUCAGUCUUCCUCAUGAUGGAGAUAACAACCCUUGCACACGGAGCAGGGGAGAACAACAUCUGAUGGCUCCUACAUUAAGCUUUGACAGCAAACCGUGGUCUUGGUCAAACUGUAGCCGAGAAAAGAUCACACAGUUCUUAGAUCUAGGGUAUGGAUCUUGCCUAGCAGAUAAGCCUAAUGAAAAAGUUCACUCGAAGUAUCAUGACACUCUGCCGGGAGAAAUUUACAGCGUGGACAAACAAUGCCAAAUGAUAUUCGGAGAGGAAUCCAGGCUGUGUCCAUUUAUGGAACCUUGCAGACGCCUGUGGUGCGUCAAGAUGAUUGGAAGAAGGAGAGGUUGCUCCACUCAUCACAUGCCAUGGGCAGAUGGAACACCGUGCGCAAAAAAGAAGUGGUGCAUUAAAGGUCAGUGUGUAAGGAAACGAAAAUUGAAACCAGUAAACGGAGGCUGGGGACCAUGGGGUCCUUUGAAUGAAUGCACAAGAAAAUGUGGUGGAGGGAUUUCCUUCUCAUACAGACAGUGUAAUAACCCAAUCCCAGAAAAUGGCGGUAAAUACUGCAUUGGAAAAAGAAAACGUUUAGAGUCAUGCAAUACUCAGGAAUGUCCGCCAGGGUCAUUGGACUUCCGAGCCUUGCAGUGUGCGAAUACACGUGUGCGACGUCUAAGUGUUGGAUCGAGGAGUUACAGACCGACCCAGUGGUUGCCAAAAUAUGCUGGAAUUCGCAAAGAAGAUCAAUGCAAGCUGUACUGCCGCUUGUCUGGCACUGCGAUUUAUUUCAAACUGAAGAACAAAGUUAUCGAUGGGACCCCUUGCAAUCAAGAGACAACAGACAUCUGUGUGGAUGGCAAAUGUUUGGCUGCUGGUUGUGACAGAGUCUUGAACUCAACGAAGAAAUUUGAUAAAUGUGGAGUGUGUGAUGGAGACAACUCCUCUUGCAGGAGAUUUUCCGAGACAUUCAACGAGACAAGGUUUGGAUACAAUCAUAUAUUCACGAUUCCUGUUGCCUCGACGGACAUAGUUAUCACUCAGUAUGGUUGGAAAAAUAAGGAAGACUCUAACUAUUUGGCGCUUCAGAGUCACAGUGGUAAGUACCUUCUCAACGGAGGAAUGAUUGUGGGGAUAGGAAUAAGAGAAUUCCGAGCCGCUGGCGCGAAGGUCUGGUACUCAGGCUCUGACAAAGCGACAGAACAAAUCAAGAUUAAAGGAAAAGUUGCAGAACCAAUCAGAGUGCACGUUCUUGAAGUUGGAGGCGUAGAUCCUCCCAACAUCCACUAUGCCUACAACAAGAAGAUAGCGGACCCAACAAAGCUUUUAUACAGGUGGUACCAGUCUGGGCAUUGGACGCAGUGCAGUGCGCUAUGUCAAGGACAAAGAAAGCGCCGACCUACAUGUGUUCGUGCCAUUGACGGUCAACAGGUAUCAACUUCCCGCUGUGACCUAAGGACUCGUCCGAGCAGAAGAACAGAAGCCUGUAAUUUAAGUUGCCAACUCAAAUGGAAAAUACAGAGCUCUGGUGAGUGCUCUGCACGUUGUGGGACUGGGUACCAGACUCGUAUUGUACGGUGCUUGCGUGUUAGCAGUGACCGCUGGGAUGUCGUGCUGGACAAACAUUGUCGAAAAAGUUCAAAGCCUGCCGUAGUUGUUCUGUGCGAGGGAACGUGCGAGGGAACCAAGUGGGUGUACUCGGAGUGGUCUAAGUGUUCAAAAAGUUGUGGCAGAGGGCGACAAACCAGAACUGCUCAAUGUGUGGACAACUAUGAAAAACUUAAGGAUCGAGAUUGUCGUCCAACUGAUAAACUUUCACUUAAUAGACACUGCAAUACUGUUAAGUGCCCCUGGUGGACGACGGGAAACUGGAGCUCGUGCAGUGUGACUUGUGGCACGGGGCAGAGCACCCGUCUUGUGACAUGUACUGGAGAACAAGGGACAGUUAUGAACAGAGCCUGUAAUCCGAAUCAGCGACCAGUCUCUACAAAGCCAUGUGACCUCAAGAAGUGUCCUUACUGGUUCGUGGGGAAAUGGACGGACUGCUCUAAGACGUGUGGCACGGGUUUUGCGACCCGGAGCGUCCUUUGUCUCUCGGGGGAACCCGUCCCUCGAGAGGUGGAUGAGACCAAGUGCUCCCCUCUGGCCAGACCAGUUUCCAGGAAAGAGUGUAAAAUGGAAGACUGCAGAACGACAUUAUUCAGCUUUCCAGAUCCAGGCAAAAGAACGAAGUAUUAUUGGAGAUAUUCAUUAUGGACGCCGUGUUCUGUGUCGUGCGGAGAGAAACCUGGGACACGUUAUCGUGACGUUGAAUGCGUGAAGGUGAAGGUGAAGCCUGGGAACGAGACUGUUGUCGAAAAGCAGGAGUUGGCUCAUAAGAAGUACUGUGAGGAAAAAAAGAAACCCGCCAACAGACAAGAAUGCAAAGUUCUACCGUGUACGAGCUGGAAACACGGGUCCUGGGGCAGAUGCUCACAGCCUUGUGGUUGGGGUUUUCAGCUGCGCGUAGUCAAGUGCACUUACGAUAAUUGGUUAAUAACAGAGGAUGAAAAUUGCGAUCAGAAAAGCCGACCAAGAAACCGGAGAGAUUGCCAGAUCAAUCCGUGUAAAUCAACUACAUCUGGCACAGAUGUCGAUGAAACUACGAAUACAAUUCGAACACAACUUGUCACGAGGCCAGCUCCGACGACUCCCCGAGAAAAACCGGGAUGGAAGGAAGGAGGCUGGAGCGAGUGUUCUGUCACGUGUGGUCAAGGCGAAAGACGUCGGAACGUCAGCUGUAGUUAUGAUAACGGUCAGAUAAGCAGUGACUGUGACGCUAACUCCAAACCAGACAGUGUUAUGGAAUGCGUACUACUAGCAUGCCCCGUAUGGCAUGAAGAACCAUGGAGUGAGUGCUCAGUGUCCUGCGGUGAUGGCACGAGACAACGAAGUGUUGAUUGUAGAUUUGCAAAUGGCCAGUUAAGUGUCGGAUGCGACGAGACAAAGAAACCUGCGACCAGAGAGGCCUGCAACCUCAGACCUUGUCCCACAUGGAUGACAGGGGACUGGGGCAGUUGUUCAGUAACUUGUGGGUCAGGAAUCAAAGCUCGUUCCGUGGAUUGCAGUGAUAGAGACAUCAAAUGCGAUCCCCGGACGAAACCCGAAGCCACCAACAAGUGUGACCUGAAAGAGUGUCCGAAAUGGAUAACAAGCCCAUGGGAAGAGUGUUCCGUUUCUUGCGGAGAAGGCCAAAGAAAACGUCAAGUUGAUUGCAAAACUACAGAUGGACAAUGGAGUCUUGGAUGUGAUCUGAAUAUCAAACCUGCUGUAAGAGAGGCCUGCAACUUAAGACCGUGUCCCUCAUGGAUGACUGGGGCCUGGGGAAAAUGUUCAGUGACCUGUGGUUCAGGAGCGAAGUUUCGCACAGUCGAAUGCAGUGAUAAAGACAUACCAUGCGACGCUAAAACAAAACCGUUGGCCAGGGAGCGUUGUGAUUUUAGCGCGUGUCCACAGUGGAUCACAAGCCCCUGGGAAGAGUGUUCAGUCUCCUGCGGUGAAGGUACAAGGCACCGCAGUGUUGAGUGUAGACUGGAAACUGGACAGCUGAGUCCUGGAUGUGACGAGAGAGUCAGACCACCUGCUAAAGAGGCUUGCAACAUUAGACCGUGUCCUACAUGGAUGGCGGGACAAUGGGGCAAAUGUUCAGUUACUUGUGGCUCAGGAUUGAAGAUUCGUUCAGUCGAAUGCAGUGACGAAGACAUACAAUGUGAUAUUAGAACAAAACCGCGAAGCGAACAACGAUGUGAUCUUCGGGCGUGUCCACGAUGGAUCACCGGCGGAUGGGGGGAGUGCUCAGUAACUUGUGGAUCAGGAAUCUUAAUGCGUUCAGUAGAAUGCAGCGAUGAAGACAUCAGCUGUAAUUCUAAAACGAAGCCAGUCACCACUAAACGAUGUUUUGACCAAGCUUGUCCACAGUGGAACGUGGGGCUCUGGGGAGAGUGUUCAGUCUCCUGUGGAGAUGGUACAAGGCUGAGAACUGUUGAUUGUAGAUUACCAAAUGAUCGCUUAAGUCCCGGAUGUGAUAAGGAACAGCAACCUUCAGCUAAAGAGGCAUGCAACAUCAGACCGUGUCCUACAUGGAUGACAGGGGAAUGGGGCGGAUGUUCUGUGACAUGUGGAUCAGGGGUGAAGAGUCGCUCAGUGGAGUGCAGUGACAUAGACCUACCAUGCGAUGUUAUAACGAAGCCAAAGACCUUCCAGAGUUGUGAUCUUGCUAAAUGUCCACAGUGGGAGGCGGGUCCAUGGGGAAAGUGCUCAAAAACAUGCGGUGCAGGAUUUAAAAGACGUACGGUAAAAUGUGACGGAGGCAACGCUCGAUGUGAUUCCAGAUCAAGGCCGCAAAGCGUCGAAAGAUGUAACCUUGGGAUGUGUCCUAGAUGGCAUCCAGGACCAUGGAGCGAGUGUUCAGUUACGUGUGGCUCAGGAGUUAAGUAUCGUAACGUGACUUGCGUUGGAAUCAGUUCCAAGUGUAACCCGAGAACCAAACCACGCCCUACCUUGAGGUGUAACAACUCGCCUUGUCCGAAGUGGAAAACUGGAUUGUGGAGUAAGUGUUCAAAGUCUUGUGGGAAGGGAACUAAGAAACGUGCAGUGGAUUGCGUCGGCGGCUUGAACCCCCAGUGUGAUCCCAGGAGCAAACCGGCCUCGACGGCCGAAUGUGAUCAUGGGCGCUGCUCAAAAUGGAAUGUUGGAGAAUGGCAGAAGUGCUCUGUAACUUGUGGCCGAGGCUGGAAAUUCCGUAAAGUGGAAUGUGUUGGAGGCACUAUACGACUAUGUGACUACAGAAACCAACCAGACAUCUACGCGCAAUGCAACAUGGGACCCUGUCCUGUAUGGCAGGCGGGAGACUGGGAAACGUGUUCAGUUUCUUGCGGAAAAGGCUUGAAGAGUCGCACAGUUACAUGUAGUGGAGGGGAAGGGAAAUGUAACACGAGAAGCAAACCACUUGCCACAACCAGCUGUAGUCUUGGUGCUUGUCCUGUUUGGCGAUUUGGUGCAUGGAGUCCGUGCUCAGUGUCCUGUGGAACUGGGAAAAGGGAACGCAAAGUUUAUUGCAGCAUAGCAGCAAAAAAAUGCGACAAGGAAAGAAAACCAAAGACGGUAAAAUACUGUAACCUUCAUGCGUGUCCUGAGUGGAAAAUUGGUGACUGGAGCCAGUGUUCAGUGUCUUGCGGAACUGGAGUAAAAGAACGUUCAGUUGAAUGCAGUGGAGGAAGUGGCAAGUGUGAUGCAAGAACUGAACCUGAAGCCAAGACAAGUUGUAACCUUGGAAAAUGCCCCGAAUGGAAAUUUGGUCCGUGGAGUCAGUGUUCUGUUUCCUGUGGAAAUGGCAAAAAAAGUCGUACCGUCGAGUGCACAGGAGAAAGAAAUCAAUGUAACGUUAAAACUAAACCACAGGCCACAGCCAGCUGUAAUCUUGGUUCUUGUCCUGUGUGGAUUACUAGCGAAUGGACCCAGUGUUCUCUUACUUGUGGUGAUGGUUCAAGACAACGCAAGGUUCAAUGCAGUCGACAAGACGUCCAGUGUGACCUUCAAACCAAACCACAGGAUACAUCGCGGUGUAACUUGGGACCAUGUCCCGUGUGGAAAGUUGGACAAUGGACCCAGUGUUCCGUCAGCUGCGGAGAUGGCAACAAAAGGCGAUCCUUGUCAUGUAGUGGAGGAUUAAACAAAUGCGAUCAAAAGAACAAACCAGAAGCUUUUACUCGUUGUAACCUUGGAGCUUGUCCUGAAUGGAGAGUGAGCCAAUGGAGUGAGUGUUCAGUUACUUGUGGAAGUGGCGUCAAACAGCGCACGGUCCAAUGCAGCAGAGCUGAUGUAACAUGUGAUUCAGACAAGAAACCCAUAACAACGAUGAACUGCGAUCUUGCUGAAUGUCCAAAAUGGCAGACAGGCCAAUGGAGUCGGUGCUCCGUCACCUGUGGCGAUGGUAACAAAAGGCGUUCAGUGUCAUGCAGUGGAGGAAGGAAUAAGUGCGAUGCUAGCAACAAACCUGAAGCUAUUUCUCAGUGUAACAUUGGGGCUUGUCCUGAAUGGCUAGCAGCUGAAUGGAGCCAGUGCUCGGUCACUUGUGGAAGCGGUUCGAAACAACGCAUGGUUAAGUGCAGCAGAUCGGACGUCGCAUGUGAACCAAGAAAGAAACCAGUAACAGCAGCAAGAUGUGUUUUGGGCGAAUGUCCCGAGUGGCAGACAGGGAAGUGGGGUCUGUGUUCAGUAACUUGUGGCGAAGGACGUAAAAAGCGCAAUGUUAAGUGUAGUGCAGGAUCAAAGAAAUGCAACCCUGCGACUAGACCGCAGACCUUUACGAGUUGCAACCCUGGUGCUUGUCCACACUGGAAAGUAGCGGAAUGGUCACAAUGUUCUACUUCUUGUGGGGAGGGAUUCAAAGAGCGUGUGGUCGAAUGCGACGGGGGACCGAAUACUUGCGACCCUGAGGCCAAACCGAUUAACAGAGCCCGCUGUAACUUGGGACAGUGCCCACACUGGAAAACAGGAGAAUGGUCUGAGUGUUCGGUGACUUGUGAAAACGGAUAUAAACAAAGACGGGUAGAAUGUGUCAGCGGAGUGAAAGCAACGUGUGACGAAAGAACUAAACCAGGAUCGAAAGUUCCAUGUAAGCUUGGGCGGUGUCCAAGAUGGAACACUGGAAGAUGGACGCGUUGUUCCCGCACAUGUGGAGAAGGGCUAAGGAGACGAUAUGUAGGCUGUUUUUCUAUGGAACUUUAUCGCGUAUUGAAUGACGAGGCAGCUUGUGACAUGACUUCGAGGCCGCCUUCAACUCAAGUCUGCAAGAUCAGUGAAUGCGCCCCAACGGAUGCUGACUGGCGCAUGGGAGACUGGGGCGAGUGCUCUCGCAAAUGUGGGAAGGGAAUCAGGAAAAGAAACGUUGAAUGUUUUUCAAUGGAACAGCAACGCAAAUUGGAGGACUCCGCUUGCACAUUGGAGUCGAAGCCAAUGGUCCAAGACGACUGUAAACUGAGAGAAUGCAUCCCUGACGCCAAAUGGCGCAAAGGCGCUUGGGGCAAGUGCUCAGUCUACUGUGGAAUUGGUAAGAAAUCCCGUGAUGUUUGGUGUGGCACUAAAAACGGGGAAAAAAUUGCCGAGGAGUUUUGUGCGGACGAACAUAAACCUCGAACACACCGAUCUUGUAACAAGCGACGACGCUGUGGUGAAUGGGAAAGCGGACUAUGGAGCGAGUGUUCACAAACGUGCGGAGAGGGUACGAGAAGACGUUACAUUAGAUGUCUUCACGCGCUGGAGUACAAAGGAGACAUGUUUUGUGAUAGGAAGAGGCGGCCAACAGAAAUGCAGCCUUGUAACAAAGGGGCAUGUCUUCCCACGCUGUACCGCUGGCAGGUUUCUGGCUGGAGUAGGUGUUCUACCUUGUGUGGGUACGGGAGAAAGUUCCGUAAUACUUGGUGCGUCGACUCAUCGAUAGGACAAGUUAGUAAUGAACUAUGCAGUUUCUCAGCCAAACCUAAAACUGUUUCCUACUGCUUUGAAACGAAGUGUCUACCCGUAUGGAAAGCCGGAGAUUGGUCGCAGUGCACCCAAACGUGUGGACGCGGUCACCAGACCAGAAAAGUGGACUGUGUUGCAAAAUAUGGUAGAACCCAGUCUUCAGAUAUGCAAUGUGACGAAAGAACAAGGCCUCCCUCGUGGCGGCUCUGUAGCUUGGGACGUUGUGACUCUCGGUUCUGGAGUGUGGGAGUGUGGCGUAAAUGCAACGUCAGCUGUGGCCGCGGAAACAUGAGCAGAACUGUCAUUUGUUCAUCCAGAGACGGAUCUCAAUUCAGGGAUUCGAAAUGCUCAUCGCCUACAACACCCAAACCAGAAACCACUCGACCAUGUUCUAUGAAACCUUGUCCGCCAGCGAGCUGUAAGGAUAUUCAGUUGAACGCUGGAGUGCAACUGGAUGGUGAACAGACUUUAAGUGUUCAAGGGAAGGAACUUAACGUCUAUUGCCAUGCAAUGAUGUCAAAGGAGCCUAAAGAGUACAUUUCACUAUUAACUGGACCCUCCGAUAACUUCGCUGAAAUACAUCCAAAAAGGCUACGUGAUCCUAGAAAGUGUCCAACAAAUGGCUCUCAUUUUGAUGCCUGUGAUUGUGAAGAUGAAGAUCAUAAAAUGUCUGGAGGUUCCUACUUCUCUAAGCUUAGAGUGGACUUGUCUGCCAUGAGGAUUAUUGCUGACGACAAGCAAUUUGCAGCAGUAACAGGUUUGAAUCCACCUUCUUAUGGCACAGCAGGAGACUGUUAUAGCGCUCAGGGAAAUUGUCCACAGGGUCGUUUUAGUAUUAAUUUACAAGGCACUGGUAUUAGACUGACUUCUAAAGUAAUGUGGGGUUCUACUGGCCAGGCUUAUUCGCAAAUUAUCUACAGAUUCCCGGAUCGACGUCGAAUUAUAGGUAAAUGCGGCGGUCGCUGUGGAUUUUGUAGCCAUCAAAAUUAUGGAGGCUUAAUGAUAGAAUUGUCCGAAGAUGGAGAUGGAGGUUGAACAUCCGUACUUGUUCCUAGAAAUUUGUUUCAUUAGAUAUAUAUAUAUUUCCAAGCAUAGGAGUUUUAAACUGAAGUUCUUCUGAUGCUAAAUUAAGAAAAUUAAGAGAUUAGACCACUCACAGAAGCCUUUGAGUGUCAAGAUUAUGUUGAUGUUACACAAAUGUGAUUUUAAUUAUGUCACAUUUCAAACAGUGUCACGCUACAUAAAAGCUGUGACGCAUUUUAUGAGGCCAUGCUCAACGAUUUGAUGUGUGACAUCUGGAUAUUGUGCCUACGAUAGGAUUGGAUGUCACGCAAGUUUGAAUAGUCCGCUUAAGAAUCGUUAAAAAAAAGGCUUGAAAAUGUCCUUUUUAAGAGAGCUUUUGAAGACAAGUAUAAUCUAUUUGAAUAUAACAUGUAAGCUUUUAGAUAGGAUUUUUGGAAGAUUAAUAUUUCAACCAUAUAUAUUAAGUUAUUUUUGUACUUAUUUUCUUUCUGGAUAGGCGAAAAUAUUUCGUAAGAGACACUUCAUCCUUCUGUUCCUUGAUGAAGACAGAAAUUUUAAAACUGCUUCUUAAAAUAGAAUUUGAACAUUACAACCCUGUCUUAAGCUCAAAAGAUCUUCUUUCUGUGAAGAAAUUCAGUAUUUUUUAAUUAUUAAAUACAGCCCUAUAUUUUUUUUCGGAAAAUCAAUGAUAUUUUUACCAACUGCCUGACCGUUGGGGAUAAUUAAUAUAUAGUCGGAAAUCGGCGGCCUCUAUGUCGAAACUCAGAUAUCGCUAGCGACAAAGUGUCUUAUUUAAGAGAUUCCUCGUCCACUAAUGGCACACACAAUGAGAAGCUAUUUCUUGGAAGGAAAGAAAUAUUUUAAAUAAAGACAAUUAGCAUAUUUGUCGUUAAGGUGACAGUAUCCUAGGAAUUGCGCACCCACCCUUGUGCUAGGGGACUGUUUGGGGAGGGGGGGGUGGGUGCGCAGUCGCUCGGAUAGUGAUCGAGUAAAACUAAUCAAAUCCUCUUUCCCUGAUAUAAGAUGGCUCUCUCAUCUUAGAAAGUUAAUUAGUGUAUGUCGUUUAGACAGACUAUACCAGGUUACUUCAUUUUCAGUUAAAAUGUUUGUUUGUUUCUUUUGUAGAAUAAUAUACUUUGACAUUUUAUAUGAUCCAUAUAAAAGAAAUGUAAUGUAAAUUUUUAGCAUCGGAGCCGAUAUCAGUUUUUCGGUUUAUGUUCGUAUUUAGGAAUAAGAACAUGAGCCAGCUAGAUUGCUUUCUUCCAUUGAAAUAUCGCAGAAGUUGUACAGAUUUCAACUUAAAAGCUUGUUAGCAGCAUUGAUAUAAUUCUAUAUUUAUUAACAGCAGAUGAAGCAAAUUUUAAUUUUUUCGAAAAGUGACCUAAUCAUAAUUAUUAACGCAUUCUACUUACAAUAAUUAGUAAUAAUAGGAAAUAACAAAUUCAGAAAUAAUGUUUCAACUUAGUUUCUUUGUUUGUCACGCAAUCCUGUUGACAUGCGCGUUCGAUCAUUGCGUGAAAAGCAUGGUAACGGUUUUGGAAGAAAUGCACGCGGACAUGUUUGGUUUCACAACCAAAGACAAAAAUGUAGAGAUUUAUAUAUAGUCGAAGUUUAUUUAUUUAAACUAGCUUGUACCGUUAAAGCGGCUGCUAGUGUACCUGUACAGAUUUUAAAAAUACUACAUAUGAAAAUAAAUUUGAA